AUGGCCCCCCAAAUAGGCAAACCGCUCUAUCCCACCUCCGACACCGAGUCCGUGGAAGAAGAGGCACCAGCUCUACCUAUACUGCCCACGACAGGGACAGGGAAGACUCCCCUCCCACUCCACCACCACAGCCUCAUCACCACCGACUUCGACGCCCUCCGAUUCCACGCCGCCGCCGCCCUGCAAUUGCGCUUUCCAUCACAUAAAACAGUGGCAGCAGCACUCCCAACAGACACCCACCUCAUCGUCUCCCCCUACAACCAGCCCGGCCACCUCCUCGACCUCCGCACCCUGGACCGCGCGAACCAGCUCCUCGCGCAGGCCCUCACCACCCUCCAGCCCACGCGGCCCGACUACGCCACCGCGCCCUACACCGAAUCCUUCAACUGGGCCUCGGUGUUCGAGCUGUUACGGCAGCUUGCCCUCCAAGACGAGGCUGGCACGUGGCCCGCGCAGAGCUUCUAUGUAGUCACCUUCCGCUCGCGACUACGCGCCGACGCCGACGGCGAGCGGCUGUAUCUGCUGGAUGCGCAUUCGCAUCAGGAGGCGAUGGCCAGUGGGGGGUUGUUGAAGUAUUGGUUUGGGAGUAAGGAUGCCAGUCAUAGAAACUUGGCGACUUGCAUCUGGCGGAGUCGGGAGGAUGCUCGGCUCGGCGGGUUGGGGCCAUGGCAUAAGAAGGCUCGGGGUGCGGCAAGGGAGAUGUAUGAGUCGAUUGAGUUUUCGACGUUGCGCUUGACGGUUGCGGAGGGGGUGAGGGGGUGGGAGUUUGGGGAGUGGGUGGAUGAGAACUGA